AUGAAUCCUCAGAGAUGUGCCGCUGUCGUCGUGGGAGCCGGCCCGGCUGGCAUCGCCGUCGUGGGAAACCUGCUGGAACAACACGUAGGCAGGAUUGCCUGGGUUGACCCAUAUUUCGAUGGCGGACGGGUGAAUAGGAAAUAUCGUGAGGUUCCCAGUAACACCAAAGUAUCAUUUUUUCAAGCCUUUGCCACCGCGGUACAGCCGUUCCGCAAUGUCAUUCGAAGCACGCCCACGCCCAACGCUUUCUCCGUAAUGACCAAGCUCGAGCAGAACGAGACCUGCUCUCUGCACUAUGCUGUAGACAUGUGCCGCGCCCUGACGGAUGGACUGGUCAAAAUGGACCAGGUUUAUCAGUAUCGGGGGACGGUGAUCGGGGCUGAUCUCAGGGACAAAUCAUCCGGAUGGAUAGUUCGCAUCAGGAAAGAGUCUCGGGAAGACGUUGAAGUCGUUGCUCCCCGGCUCAUUCUCUGCACCGGCUCGUCCCCAACCGUUCUUCCCCUUCCCAUUCCCGGGCUACCUAUCGAGAGGCUGGACCUCGACAUCGUUUUGAAGCCCAGUGACCUGUACCGCGUCAUUCCCACCGCAGAGCCGGUGACCGUUGCCGUGGUCGGAGGCUCGCACAGUGCCAUCUUAGCCUUGAUGAACUUUGUGGAUCUUGCUCGCACGACACACCCCAAGCUGCGAGUGAAGUGGUUCACCCGGCAUCCGCUUCGGUAUGCCGAGUACAUGGAUGGCUGGAUCCUGCGGGACAACACCGGUCUCAAGGGUCUGGCGGCUCAAUUCGCCAGGGAGCAGCUCGAGGAUAGCCGGCUGCCAAGUUCAGAGGCGGGCCGCUUCAUCGAGAAGAUCGACUGCAGCGGUGGGAAGGAGGCGAGCGCGUACGAGACUCAUCUACCUGCCUGCACGCAUAUCGUCUACGCCGUAGGGUUCACUCGGGAUCCGUUGCCGAAGCUCACGCGAAACGGCGCGCCUCUGACGCCCGAGUUCGACCACGUCUCGGGCGGAUUCUACGACCAGGACCGGCAGGUCAUCCCGGGUCUGUACGGAGCGGGCAUUGCGUUUCCGGAACGGGUGGUCGAUCCGUACGGGAAUGUCGAGUACGCGGUGGGAUUUUUCAAGUUUAUGAAGUUUCUCAAGCGGCUAUCUGCAAAUAAGAUCGUAUCUCGGUCGAUGUCUCCAGACGUCGAGGCUGCAUGCGCAUCCGCUCACCUGCACAUCGGAUAUGGACGGCUCAACUCAGUUCUUCCAGCUCGCUUCCUCUGCAGCAGAGUUUGUACUCCCUAUUCACAUAUUCGUAGUCCAGAGAAAAAGAAAAAGAAAUCACCAUUUAAUCUAACACAACACAAAAAAUCUCGGGGGAACUGCUGGGGAGAGACGACACCCAUUGUCGAUGUUUUCGUUUGUGAUGAUCUUGUCAUUUCCUUUUCGGGAAGGGAAUGGAGUAUUUCUCCUCUCGGAGGAUCCGAUCAAGGACUCGAGGACAUAGGUAUCUUUACCUUACCUCAAGCUGACAAGCAUGAAUAUGAUGACCUCUUACUUACUUGCCAGCCUGCUGAGCACUAUUGCGUCUUACGAUUUGCUUGGGAUGCUGGUAAACACUGGAUAAAAUUGCCACUGAAGCGAAAGAGGUCAGCUUCUGAACCAAACAGAUCUCACAUGUCUAUGGAGCUCUGA